AUGGACGAGGCAGCCUCACAAAUCCGCGCAUCUCUCAUCUCCCAAUCCCUACCACCCCCAUCGCAAACCUGGCUCUCCAACCUACUCUCCACGCGCCCAAGGCCACUCCCACCACUGCCCUCCCUCACAGCAACCGCCAAAGCCCGCCUCCUGGCCGCGGAUUUGACCACCCCGGACCUGCUCGACCGGGCCGGGACGUCACCAUUUCCCACAUCCGCCGCCAGCCCAGAGAUCCAAGAGACCCGCCUGGCCACGGACGUGGUCGUCCAGGUCCUGGACAUUGAGAACCUGAGCCGCAGCCGCUGGGAGCAGGUCGAGGAGCUCGAGGCCGUGGCGCGCGGCGAGCUGACCAAGGGUAGACAGAUCAUCCGGCUGCGGGAGGAUGGGGCCGAUGAUGAGGAGGGCGACGGCGUGGGUGAUGUGCCGCCUGAGGAGGGCGCGCGGCGGCAACAGCAGCAGGCGGGUGGUGGUGCUGCUGCUGCGAGGGCGACUACAGGAGGACCGGCUGUGAGCGACAAGAACGCGACGCACAAGCUUAUCGUGCAGGACUGUGCUGGAAACAAGCUCUUUGCGCUGGAACUGAGGCGGAUCGAGCGCAUGGGGAUCGGCAAGACGAACAUCGGAGAGAAGAUGUUGAUCAAGGCCGGGACGGUCAUCGCGAGGGGCACGGUGCUGCUGGAGCCGGAAAAGUGUGUCGUCCUCGGUGGGAGGGUCGAGGUUUGGCACAAGGCUUGGUUAGAAGGAAGACUCGCAAGACUGAAAGAGGUUGCAGGCGCUUCUGGCACGGAAAAUGGACAUUGA